UACGUGCGCCACCUAACGGUGCUGUGAAGAACUGGAUACACGCAGUGUUGUGAGUUGAUUCAAGGAAUACGGCGGGAAAUGGCCGAUGUGGAGGGUGAAAAAGACACAACAAUACACCCGAAGCACAUGAUCUAUUGAGACUCUACAGCCAGACUAAGCAAACUUAACAAAAGAUGCAGGCAUUCCUGAAAGGAGGGACAACUGGCUUGUCAAAAACUAAGGACAAGCCGGCUUCAAGUUCGAAACAAGACAAGGAAGCAAAGACUAAACUCAUACCAUGGGUUGAAAAAUAUCGCCCACGGUGUAUAAAGGACGUGGCACAUCAAGAUGAAGUUGUUGCUGUGUUGAACAAGUCUCUGGAGGGGGCUGAUCUGCCAAACCUGUUGUUCUACGGUCCGCCCGGCACGGGUAAAACCUCCACCAUACUGGCAGCUGCCAGAGACCUGUUUGGACCAGAAAUAUUCCGUAGUCGCGUGUUGGAGUUGAACGCAUCAGAUGAGCGUGGUAUUGAUGUCGUGAGAGAUAAAGUGAAAUCCUUUGCUAUGUUGACAGCAGGGGGCUCCCGAUCUGAUGGGAAGCCAUGUCCACCAUUUAAGAUUGUUAUUCUGGAUGAGGCUGACUCCAUGACAACUGCAGCACAGGCUGCGUUAAGGCGUACAAUGGAGAAAGAAUCAAGGACCACACGUUUCUGCCUCAUCUGUAACUACGUCAGUCGAAUCAUCGAACCCAUCACAUCACGAUGCGCCAAGUUCCGCUUUAAACCCCUGUCCGAAGAGAUCUUAACAAAAAGACUUAAGCUCAUCUGUGAGAAAGAAAAUGUGAAUUGUGACAAAAAGGCCAUUAAAGCCCUGAUGGAGACCUCAGAGGGCGACCUGCGGAAAGCCAUAACGUAUCUACAGAGUUCGUCCAGGCUGAAGGGGGAGGAGGAGAUAACUGAAGAAGUUGUGUGGGAGAUAGCAGGGGUCUGUCCAGAGAAGCUGAUACAGAAGGUUCUAAAGACGUGUCAUUCCGACUCCUACGACAAGCUGGAUAAAACUGUCAAGCACAUCAUCAGCGAAGGGUUCUCAGCAACACAGGUGUUGACGCAGCUGCACGACGAAAUCGUCACUCUAGGGGAGCUCAGCGAUCAUCAGAAGUCAGCCAUAUGUGAAAAAAUGGCGAUAGUAGACAAGUGUUUGAUGGACGGUGCAGAUGAGUAUCUUCAGCUGAUGGCGUUGUUCAGUACAGUCAUGGAGCAAAUCUGCCAUCACAAAUAGCCUCGGAAUGACACAUUAGGACACAACACUUCAAGGCAAGGCGCAGACCAGGCAAAUCUGGUUUGCAAAUUCUAUGUGAUUGUCUUUUUGCCAACAAAACUUUACCUGGGCAUUCAGUGGAUAAGUGCUUGCAGGAGGGUGCCAGCCCUAUUUAGGUAUCCUGAAUGCUGAAAACUGUUACAUGGUGUUCCAGAUGUCACAGUGCUGUAACUUGGAUACAUAUUUAUUCCUUACAUCACUUUGGUAACAAUCAAUCAGAUAUUUAGCCGUUUAGUCAAACAUGUAUCAGGGAUUUACAGUGCGCUAAUUCCUGCAUCCUAUAUGCAUAAAAAUUGACAAUGGACACAACAAAA